CCAAAAAUCACCGUUGAUUAUGGAAUCUGAGCAAGUUGUUCCGGAGCUUGGGGAGGAAGCUAACAGAGUAGAAGGAAGCUUUGAAGGGCUUCAUUCUUCCUCACAUAGACACGUCAAGUUUUCACAAGAUGCUGUAUUCGAAUUGCUUGGUAGCCAGCUUACCCUAAGGUCUCCAUCUUCUGGCACCUUUUGUCCGUUGUUUCGAAAGAAGCCUCCCAGUGGGAAGAGAUGUGCCGAAGCAAACUCAGUUGCUCCAUUUAACGACAAUGUCUAUGAAAGUAGUGCCAGUAUAAAGCAGCGAGAAUUUUUUCAGCCACAAUGUACCUCUCGACUUCAAGACGAAGUUUCGGAAAUUAGUUCUCGUGAUCCCGUGCUGAAGAGAAGGAAGACAGAAUUGAAUGAAGACGAAUUAUCGCGUUCCUGGGAGAAUGUAAUUUCGGAAAAUCAUAAAGCACUUAGUUUUCCCGCACCGUCCCCAGUGUCCAGGUACAAGUCGCCACUUAGGCAAGGAAACUGGCACGAAAGUUGGGAGUCAGCUCGAAGCCUUGGAGCGGACUCGGUACCUUCUCAGAAGUCUUAUAUGGUAAUAUCCAGAGUGAAACAUAUUAUCUCCAUGAUCGUUCAAAGGAGUACUUGUCUUUCUCUCACCACGUUAGAUAAGUGGCUUACGUUGAUGUGUAACUUUAUCGAGUUCAACGCAGAUGAAUAUGUUCUUUUUCUCAUAAUGGUUAAGAAAUAUCUAGUAUCUGAUGGUCAGCUAUUAAGUUUGCACGAUUGCACUAGACCACAAAAGUGGGAGCGAGUUCUGGCUGUCUGUGCUUACUUUGUCGUUUUCUUGUCAGAAGAGUUUACUGGUCGCAUUCGUAGAGAUUUAGAAGAUUUGAUGGGCCCCGCAUUCCAUUUUGGGAAAGAACAACAGUCGUUUCUAUCCGUUGUUGAUUGGAAAGUAAAUGUAGCCUAUAAGGAGUUUGAGAAGGUUCACCAAUUUUUAUUGCUUGAAGGAAACGAAUAUAAAUUGCAAGUUUGGCAAUGGCUUGGAUUUUCGUUGAAUGAACUUGAUUCAUGUGGUGAUUUAGCUCCUUCAGUCGCAUUGAAAAAUACUCAAAGGAGCAGAGCUUCCUUAGUUCGUGCGAACGAGUGCGUGACACUUUCAAGUGGAAAUAACAAACCCUGUACAGAAUCAACACAAGAGAAGAAAGUUCCAAAGAUAGAGGCUAACGAUGGAAAUUGUUUCGGAAGCAGUGAAUCAAUAACGAACAGUUUCAUUUCGCAAGAGAGUGAAGAAUAUCAAACAGUGCCUUGUUAGUUUGCUAUACCUGAAUAAUAAAAGUAUAAUUUCAAAAAAUUCUUUUAACACACUUGUCAUGGGAGCCAUGCGGACUUGCAGUUGAUGCGGAGGAGAGCAUCUCACAGAGUCUUUCUGAGAGAAGCAGAUACGAUAAUUUGAACUGGCUCAAUAUAAAUAGUUUAAACGGUUU